AUGGCCCAUAGCGUUGUGUCAACGCAAACUCUCACAUUGGACCUCCCUCCAAGCUGCAUAGAAUGGUGCCCCUCGCACCCGACAUACCUUGUUGUCGGCACGUACAACCUCAUCAAGGACGGGCCAGGCUAUACAGAGUCGGAAGACAACGAGGCCUUGACCGGAAAGAAACCGCAAAAUCGCAGUGGCAGUCUCAUCAUCUUUCGACUUGACAACGGAGCCGUGCAUUACGUCCAAACUAUCUCCCAUCCUUCGGCAAUCUUGGACCUCCACUUCUGCCCCCUGUCUGGUGCGCAGGAUAUCCUGGCUGUCGUCUCCAGCACCGGUACGCUGUCUAUCUUUCGUUUGGAUCCAGGCACAGAUGCAUCUGAGCCGCUGAAGCACCUGGCGACAAGCACGAUCGCCAACACUCCUGAAGGGGUUCUCUUCCUUUCGGGUGUAUGGAGUCCCCAUAAUCCUUCAUUGAUUGCUCUCACAACAUCCGCGGGCGAGGUGCGAGUCUUACGUCUCGAUGAUUCAUGGCAAAUCAUCGAGGGAAGUGUCACGACUGUCAUGACACACUCUUUGGAGGCCUGGACGGUGGCAUUUUGCCCGCCAGAGCCAAAUGAAAGCCAGCUUGGUGUUGCAGGCGGUGAUGCCCAGAGCGACCCUUUCAUCGUGUACUCGGGUGGGGACGACUCUGCUUUGCGAUAUGCUUCAUGCGCGGACAAAAAGUCUGGGGGGGAAGACUCAGAUGUGGCGGUGAGCCUCCAAUAUCCUCCUCUUAACAUCAGCGGCCAUGGCGCCGGGGUGACAGCCAUUCUUCCAAUUCCGAUGCGUUUAGCAGACGGCGCGAGAAUUGUGGUCACGGGAAGCUAUGAUGAUUCGAUGCGAAUUCUUGCUAUACAACCUCCACACGAGACGUAUGGCCUUCGCAAGUUUCAGCAUCUGGGCGAGAAGAACCUAGGAGGUGGCGUCUGGAGGCUGAAAUUGAUUGAUAUCCGAGAGGAUGCUGGACAUUGUUGCGCCAGGAUCCUAGCCUCUUGUAUGCACGCCGGUGCAAAGGUUGUAGAGCUCAAGGGGCCUCUGCACGGCGGGGACUGGGAGAUUGGGGUUCUCGCAAGAUUUGAUGAGCACCAGAGCAUGAACUAUGGCAGUGACUGCGGUCCAGUCUCUGGGGACGGGCGUUUGAUUUGUGUGUCGACGAGCUUCUACGAUAAGAGAUUGUGCUUGUGGGAGACGGCCUUGCCUUGA